AUGAAGGGGUUAGUGUUUGUGUGUCUCUUGGCGGGCGCUGGCGCUACAUAUGCUCCAACACAGGUCAAAUGCCCUGCAAAAGCCAACUUCAUCCGCGAAGGAAAUUCCCUUUCGCAGAAUGAGAUUGACUGGGUAGACGCACGCCAUGAAAAGACCGGCGCAGCCGUGCGCGAGUACUUGGACAGGGUCGGUGUGGAAUACAACAAAGAUGCUCUUGACAAGGACGGAAGCGUCAAUCUCGCAUUGGCGUUUUCUGGAGGAGGCGACAGGGCCAUGCUCAAUGCUGCCGGAGCCAUUGCCGCGUUGGACAACCGUACCACCGGCGCCAACGAACAAGGAUUGGGCGGUCUUCUCCAGUCUGCCACAUACAUCGCCGGACUCUCGGGAGGAUCAUGGCCAAUUGCAUCGCUCCAGCUUCAGAACUGGCCCACCCUCGAUGAGGUGGUGUUUGAAAACCCCAACGAUAUCUGGAACUUGACCGCCGGCCAACCCAUGGUCAACAUGACCGACGAGCUUGGCUUGGUAUGGGACUUCGCCACGGCAAACUACAACGAGACGCUUACGCACAUCAGCUUCUGGAACAACGAUUCUUCUGGCGCCGGAAUUGGGGCCAAUGUCCACGCCAAACAGAACGCAGGCUUUCCAACCUCCAUUACCGACGUUUGGGGGAGAGCGUUGGGCCACAAGUUGUUCCCGAAGGGACAAGACAACUGGCUCGAAAGCAGCACCUGGUCCGGGAUCCGGAACUUGAGCAGCUUCGCCAACCACGAGAUGCCGUUCCCUUUGAUCACGGCGCUUGCUCGGUAUCCGGGAUCGUUGGAGUUUGACCUCAACUCCCCGAUCGUCGAGUUCAACCCGUUUGAAAUGGGCUCCUUUGACACCUCCAUCAACACGUUCCACGAUAUCCAGUACUUGGGAACUGCUGUCAGCAACGGAACCCCAUCCACCAACUCAUGUGUCACGGGCUUCGACAACGCCAACUUUGUUGUGGGAACCUCGCUGUCGCUCUUCAACGAAUUUCUCUACACCUUGGUCUGUCCGACGUGCAACUCGCUCAAUGCCGUGAUGAAGUUCAUUGUCAAGCGGUUUUUGGAGAACAUGUCUGCCAAGUUGCAGGAUGUCGCCUGGUACAAGCCUAAUCCGUUCUUCCACUCCGAAUUCCUGGCCUCCACCAACUUGACCACCAGCGAUACCUUGUACCUUAUCGAUGGAGGAUUGGCGGGCGAAAUCGUUCCCCUCUCCACUCUCAUGGUCAAGGAAAGAGAGGUGGACGUUGUCUUUUCCUUCGACAACAACGGCGCUGCUUGGCCAGAUGGAACUUCGUUGAUCGACACUUACAAUCGGCAAUUUACAUAUGAGGGCAAGUCCACCGUGUGUCCCUAUGUGCCUGAACAGUCCACUUUCACAAACCACAACUUGACCGCCAAGCCCACCUUUUUUGGAUGCGAUGCGGCCAAUUUGACUGCUUUAGCCAAGGAUGGCGUUGUUCCACCUCUUGUGAUCUAUAUUGCAAACAGACCAUAUGAGUUCUUCUCCAAUAUAACUACCCUCAAGCUUACUUACGACGACCACGAAAAGAAGGGAAUGAUUGCCAACGGCUUCGACGUGGCCUCCCGCGGCAAUCUGAGCACGGACUGGCAAACCUGCGUUGGCUGUGCUUUGGUUAGAAGAGCCGAAGAGAGAGCCAAUGUUGAGCAGUCAGACCAGUGCAAGAAGUGCUUUCAAGAGUACUGCUGGGACGGUUCCGUAUACGAGGACGCUUCAUACAAGCCCAAGCCGAACUUCACUUUGAGCGGCCUCACGAACAAUCCAAUGAAGUUGAUGGGCAACAAUAGUUACAUCCAGGUUCAGCCUGUUGCGUCUGGCGGCUUUUUCUCGACCGCAGCACUCGGAUUCUUGCUGAAAGUGUGGGGAUGGAUCAAGAGUAAGUUUUAA